AUGUGUGGUAGAUACGCACUGGCACUGUCCAAUGAAGAACUGUACGAUUCGCUAGAAGCUCGAUUACCUCGAUUAUUCCAGAAUGGUAGACCCAGAUGGGAAAGACCACAAGAUAAUAGAGGUGGGAACUAUAAUAUAGCUCCUCGUUCUAGAGCUCCUGUAAUUCGACGAGAUCCAACUUCACCCAACGAAGCAAUGAUAGAAACUAUGCAAUGGGGAUUAGUACCUCAUUGGACAAAACAUCCUCCAACAGGUCCGUUAAAUACCAUCAACGCUAGAUCCGAAGGUCUGUUAGAUGCAUCAUCAGGUGGGAUGUGGCAUGCUUUGAAAGCUCAUAAGAGGUGUAUAAUACCGGCUCAAGGAUACUACGAAUGGAUGAAAAAAUCAUCAAGCAAGAUAGCACAUUUUACUAGAUUACCAAUCGAUGAAUCAAAAGGUGAAACAGUAGAAAAUCCAGGUAUAUUAUUUUUCGCAGGAUUAUUUGAUAUCGUGAACUAUGUUGAACCUGUUCAAUCUAAAUAUCAACUUCAACAUCAACAUCACCAUCAAGAUGGUUUAGAAGAUGAUACCGAGAAAGAUCAAGAGAAGAAUAGAGACAAGUUCGAUGGAUAUCCAACUGGUAAUCCAAUACCAUUAAGUACAUAUACAAUAUUAACUACUGAACCUUCAAGAGAUUUAAGAUGGUUACAUGAUCGUAUGCCAGUCAUCUUAUCAUCCCCUGAAGAUAUCUAUCGUUGGUUGGAUCUAGGUGAAUUAGGAUCGAAAUCGGAUUUAGGAUCAGGAUCCCAUUUGGAUACACAACAAGGUUGGAAAGAAGGUAAAGGUGGUACAGGGGAUUUACUUACUAGCAAAGAAGGGUUAGAGAGUUACCCAGUUCCUUCAGAAGUAGGUAAAAUAGGUAAUAAUUCACCUACGUUUAUUCAACCUGUAUCAGAAAGGAAAGAUGGUAUAAAAAGUUUCUUUCAAAAACAAUUCGCCUCUCCUGCAAAAUCUGCGGGAGCAGGAGCAGGAGCAGGAGUAGGAGUGAAAAAGGAGAUCCCUCUUUCCUCCACUUCCCCUUCCACUUCCACUGUUAUUUCCGCCAAAGUUGAAAAAGUUCCACCGAGCAAAUUCGAAAGGAAAACUAGGUCGAACACGAAAGACGUGAGACGAGAAGCUGAGGGAAUAAAAAGUGAGAUCAGUAAUCAAGAUGAAGAAAAAGGUUUAGGAGAUGAUUCAAAUGCUCCCAAUGUCUCUGAAAACAAACGAUCAGUAAAUGUUGAAGAACAUGUAAUUAAGGAAGUUGAGAGCGAUGAUAGAGUAGAUGAAGAUGAGAUACAGGAAAUCAAGCCCGACACCAAAAGAAAGCGUGAAGCAGAUGAUGGCGAUCAACAAGAGCUAGAAACUGAUAGACCUAAAAAAAGUGGAGGUGGACAUCAAACUAAAGUAACAAGAAGAGCAACAGAUGCAGGUGAUAAAGAACAACCGGCCAUCACGAACUUCUUUAAAUCACCUUCUGCAUCCGACACGAAAAACUCUUCCAAACCUGUUUCAGCCAAGAAGAAGAGACGAUAA